AUGGUGAUUAUAUGCAAAUUGAAUGUUGUGAUUGUUGAUGAAGACUUGGUGGGUGUUGUAGUAAGAAAUGUUGACGAAGCUUUUGAGUUAUAUAAUGGAUAUGCAUACAGAGUUGGUUUUAGUGUGAGGAAAGGCCAACAACGUUAUAAGGCAUCUACUAAGUCAAUUCAGAUGAAGAGGUUCUUCUGUGCUAAGGCUGGGUAUAAGCAGAAACCAAACAGUGGUGUUAAGCUUUAUUCAAAGAUUGAUAUGAGGACUGGAUGUGGUGCAUUUGUUCAGUUUGAUGUGGGGGGUGAUGGGAUGUGGACAGUUACAAAACACUUGAAAGAGCACAAUCACGAGUUAUGUUCAUUUGGCAAGAGUCAUCUGCUUCGGUCGCAUAGAAGAGUGGGAAACAAUCAGCUUGAAUAUUUAAAAGACAUGAAGAGUAGUGGUGUUGCAUUGGCGGAUGGUAUGAGGUUUUUGAAACAUCAGUCAGGGGGCUCUCCAUUGGUUGGCUUUACCAACCGCGAUGCUUACAAUUCAAUGGCUUCUGUGAGUUUGAAGUGUUUGGAUGGAUCGGAUUCAAAUUCUUUGGUUGAGAUAUUCAGGAGGAGGCAAUCUAAUGAGGCUGAUUUCUUUUUUGAUUUCGAAACUAUCAUGACGGAUCAAUGUUCAGCUAUGGCUGCUGGCAUUUCCAUGGUGUUUCCUACAUCACGCCACCGUCUUUGCAUAUGGCAUAUUGGUGAGAAUUCGAAGAAGCAUAUUAAGGCAUUGAGGAAUCAUAAGGAUUUUCUGGAUAUGUUUAAUUGUGUGUUGAAAUACACCGAGACUGAAGCUGAAUUUGAGGUUUACUGGACAAGGAUGGUUACAAAAUAUAAUUGUCAUAAGAAUACAUGGCUAGAGAAGCUUUAUGACUGUAGGGAGAAGUGGUGUCCAGCGUUCAACAAGGAUUAUUUCUCCGGGGGUAUUUUAUCUUCGCAAAGGAGUGAAAGCACAAAUCAUGCAAUUUCUAGGAGGCUGUCCAAGACUGCUGGUUUAUGUGAUUUUUAUUCAUCAUUUGUGAGUGUUAUAUCUGAAUGGAGAAGUAAGGAAAAUGGCGAGGAUUUUCGUUGCAAGCUGUUUUCAGAAUUGGGAAUACUUUGCUGCCACUGCUUACGUAUACUUCAUGUGCACUGUGUUUCCAGUAUUCCCGAUAAAUACAUUCUAAAAAGAUGGACUAAAAAGGCUGUUGAGCGUACAAACGUGGACAUUGCAUCUGUGUUUUAUAAUGGUGGUGUCCCUUCUUCAAUUUGGGCUGUUGAGAUUAGUAGGAAAUUUCAAAGGCUUAUUGUUUCUAGCCAAGAUAACAGUGUUGCUAGACAAUUAUGUGAUGAAGCCGUUGAGAAUGCAAGGAAAAACAUUGAAGCUGAGAUUGGGGAUGUGAACACUGAGGAGGGUGCUGUGUCUUCGUCAAGUGGUAUUGUCCAAGACCCCUCAAGCCGGAGGGGUAAAGGUGUGAGAAAUAAAAGGAGUAGUAGUGUUAUUGAGAAGAAGUACAAUGCAGCAAGGGGAAGAAAGAGCGCUGCAAACAAGCUUGCUUCAAUUACAAAGGGCUCUGUCCAAUCAUUGGUCUUGGAAAAUAUUUCAGAGAUUGCUCGUGAUGGAUAUCUUGUACAUCCAAGCACCGGGGGUUCACAAUUUGUUCAUUUUAAUAAGAAUGUAGACCACGAUGUAGCUAUAGACUGA